CAUACAUACUCACUAUUUUCCACUUGGCAAAUAUUUUCAACUGGAUUUAAAAAUCACAGAAAUUAAAACCAUAAACUAACUUGAAGCAUGUUGUACUACAAUUUUUUUUUUCUUGAACAAUUUCAUGUUAAAGAUUUGUAAAAUUCAUGACAGAAUUCUCCCGCGGGUCUUCACCAGGUUACUACAACAUAGUCUGGGAAUAAUGCUUGUUGUCUCAACUUGAAAACACAAACAACUGAGUGGUAAUUCCUGCCAACCAAGCACUUUCACUUCCCCUACAUUUGUGGUGGAUUUGUUUUUUGGUUUUUUUUUUGGAGUUUCUACUUCUGGAAAGUUACAUUCCCAUGCAUUUUGUUUACUGAAAUUAAGAUAAAUAAAUUAUUUUAUACCCCAAAUAAAAGAUAACUUGGAUGUGCAGUACAUGCGGGUGCACAAUCCAGACAACAGAAAAUAGACUUUUCCAUACAGAGUACUCCAGUCACGCACUGUCUGACGUUUACGUUAUGUUUUAAAAAAAUAUGUCACAAUUUCCUGAACAGUCAUCUAUUCCUACUAUAUCUCUGCAUCUGUCUAAAAUCUGCAAGGAUUCAGUUCCUGAAAUUGUGACUUCUUCUUUCUGAUCCGCCUUCAUCUAGACAAGCUCUGCCAAGCUACUCUGUGAAAAAGGAUGUUUAACUAAUAUGGUUAUGAGUGUGUUCUCUUGAUUGCUGGUGGGUUUCAGGUGUUCUGCUGCCUCGUUUGCAACAAAUAUGAAUCAAGUGAUGCCUGUCACAGAAGAUUACUGGAGCUUCGACGACUAUGACAAUUACACCUUGCCCCCUGACACGGGCAGGAGUCAUGCAGUGCCAUGCAUGCAGGGGGACAUCUACAGUUUUGCCCAGAGGUUCUCUCCUGUUGUAUACAGCCUGGUGUUCCUCCUGGCUGUUGUGGGCAACGUGCUGGUGCUGUGUGUGAUCCGACGCUACCGAAACUCUCAGAGCAGAGGAGCCUGUGCCUUCUCCCUGACGGACACCUUCCUCCUUCACCUGGCCAUUUCUGACCUCCUGCUGGCCUUCACCCUCCCUCUUUUUGCAGUGCAGUGGGCUCACCAGUGGGUGUUCGGCUUGGCUCUUUGCAAGAUCUCCGGUGCCCUCUUCUCCCUGAACCGUUACAGUGGCAUCCUUUUCCUGGCCUGCAUCAGCUUUGACCGAUACCUGGCCAUUGUUCACGCCGUCAGCUCUGGCUGGAAGCGCAACACCUGUCAUGCCCAGAUUGCAUGCUCUCUCAUAUGGGUGGUCUGUCUGGGCCUGAGUGGGGUGGACAUUGCCUUUAAACAGGUAGUGGAGGUGAACAUGUUAAGCCAUAAGGAGGUCCAUUGCAGGGUAUGGUUCACUGAGAAUUCCACACAGUGGCAGGUGGCUCUGCUGCUGGUCAGUGCAAUUCUGGGUUUUGGCCUCCCCCUGCUCAUCAUGCUCUACUGCUACAUUCGUAUCUUCAGGUCUCUCUGCAAUGCCAGUCGCCGCCAGAAGCGCAAGUCUCUCCGCCUCAUCAUCUCCUUAGUGUCUGUGUUUGUCAUCUGCUGGGCACCAUACAGCUGCUUCCAGCUGGCAGAUAGUCUGCAGAGGCUGGGCGUAGUGAGCGGAGGUUGCCAGUUUGGCCGUGUGGUGGAUGUUGGGACUCUGAUCACUGAAAGUGUGGGCCUGACGCACUGCGCCCUGAACCCUCUGCUGUACGGAUUUGUGGGGGUGAAGUUCAGGAGGGAGCUGGUCAGGAUGUUUAAGGGACUUCUGGGAGAGAGAGGCUUGCUGGAGAUGGCAGGAUCGAGAAAGAGGAAGAAUAGAAAAUGUAAAGGAUCUUUCAGUUCAGAAAGCGAAAACACCUCUUAUUCUGUCAUGAUGUGAAAUUAUUUAGAGAGACGGGUGUAAAGAGUGAGAUAUGUGUGUGUGUGGUUGUGUGUGUGGGAGGUGGGGGUGGGGGUGGGGAGGUAGAAAGAAAGAACUAAAUGAAAGUAUAAGUUUAAAAACGUUCUCAGUGGGCAGAUUUCUGCACAUGGUGUGUUUCUUUCACUGGUGCUUUUCCGUCUGGUUGUUGGUAUAGUGCAGCUUAUAACUUGUUGUUUUGCAGUUGUUUCUGUUUUUUCAAGAGUACUGCUUUCAUGUCAUUAAAUGGGGAUGCGACAAGUAGUUAAACAGAGCACCAUUUCCCACAAGCUGACGCUGUCACGUAAGCUUUUUUUUUUUUUUUUUUUUGAAAUCGUGUUGAUUGUAGUGUCCGUAAGGUCAGAUCUUAUGAAACAUCUAGAUUUCUUCAUACUCCCAGGAGAGCUUGUUCAGCACUUAAAAUGUAGUCAGCAGAGUCCAUACUCAUGCAGUAAAACCAGUUUCAUCUUAUAAAACAAUGAAAAUGGUUGUAUACAUUGAAUACUUAUACAUGCUGAAUUUCUCAUUUUGCCUUUCUUUUUUUCAUGAUCCAUUUACAGCUGCACUGUGAAAGAGGAAAUGAAUAGUGUGACUCGUUUUGAAUUUUGCAAAACUAAAACUCUUUGUUGUGUACACAUUUUUUUUUUAUAUAAGAAAUAUUUUGGAAUAAAAAUACAGUAUCGUGUUCGUCAACAUCUCA